GUCUUUGAUUAGAGAAAUUCGUUUAAAAAAAAAAACAGCCGUUGAUUCUCAUGGCGACCGGAAAAAGCUGUUACGGUCGCUCCGACUACCGUUUUCUCACCGGCCACCACCGCCGCCCGCACUCGUUCACGUCGGAGUUGUCGUUUGAAUUCAACGAAUCGGACAUUUUCAACCCCGGUAGUUCGGAGUCUCCGGAGAGGCGGAAAUCUCCAGCUCCGGCGGCGUCGAUAUCGAAGAAAGGUUCGUCGAAACGGGGGGAGGGCGGCGGAGGUGGAGCGUCGUCGCUGCCGGUGAAUAUUCCGGAUUGGUCGAAGAUUCUGAAGGAGGAGUAUAGAGAGGAGCGGAGUUUGGAAUACGAGGGGGAUUUGGAGGAGGAAAGCGACGGCGACGAGGAAAUGAGAGUACCGCCUCACGAGUUUUUGGCGAGGUCGAGAACGGCGUCGUUUUCGGUGCAGGAAGGAAUUGGGAGGACGUUGAAAGGGAGAGAUCUGAGUAGGGUCCGAAAUGCAAUUUGGGAAAAAACUGGGUUCCAGGAUUGAAAUAUCUUAGAAAUAAACCCUCACAAUUUUACGACAUGUAGUUUUAGCACGUAAAACAAAACAAAAACUGGGAAGGAAGGAUUUCUCCGACGCGUCGUCUUCUUCGUUUACUUUUUUUUUUUUUUUUUAAAUUUUAAUUUUCACGUUUGCCCUAUUGGCGUAGCUGGCGAGAUUCUGGGAAAUGGAUGUUUCAUUAAUGGGUGUAGUAUUAAGCAAAAUAUAUAUUUUUCCUCAUAUUCUAAAAAUAAAAAUAAUCUUUUAAUAAA